UUCAUAUGUUCAGUUCUCAGGCAGACUUCUGCGGUUGUCCACUGUAGAACCCCAAAAACAACCAAACUAACAAAACCAGAAUAAAAAAAAAACUGAGAGGGAGUAAUCUGGAGGACCGCUCUUUCACAAACUGCACUGAAGACGUGCUGAGGCUUUUCACAGCGUUAUAGAGAGAAAAUAUGGCUGCUUCUACAGUAGAACUGUACACUGGUGCACUUAUGCCUUUACUUGGAUUGGGAACCUGGCAGUCUGCACCUGGUGAAGUUCAGGAAGCCGUAGAGUUGGCCAUCGACAAUGGAUAUCGACACAUUGACUGUGCACACAUAUAUGGGAAUGAGAAAGAGAUUGGAGCUGGGAUUAAUUCCAGAAUUCAAAAAGGAGUGGUAAAAAGAGAAGACAUGUUCAUUGUUAGCAAGCUGUGGAAUCAUUUCCAUGAGCAAGAAGAAGUUAAACCAGCUUUUAUGAAGACAUUGACAAAUCUGAACCUGAGCUACCUAGAUCUCUACUUCAUGCAUUCACCAAUGGGUACUAAGCUACACAAAGACCAGUCUGAAGCAGUGGAGUCCUCUGAUGUUGAUUACAUAGAUACUUGGAAGGAAAUGGAAAAGCUUGUGGAUGAAGGCCUGGUGAAAGCUAUUGGUGUGUCUAACUUCAGUGUCGCCCAGCUGGAGAGAUUAUUGUCAGCAUGCAGAAUUAAGCCAGCAGUCCACCAGGUGGAACUGCACCCUUACCUGACACAGCCUAGAUUAGUGCAGUAUUGCAAGUUCAAGGGAAUUGUCCUGACAGCAUACAGUCCACUCGGCUCUCCAGAAAGACCAUUUAGACGAGAUGAUGAGCCGGUCCUUCUUGACGAUCAUGUAGUAAAUGAGAUCGGAAAGAAUUACGGAAAAACAAGUGCACAAGUGCUCCUCCGUUACCAUGUCCAGAGAGGUGUUGCAGCAGUUCCAAAAAGUGUCACUCCAUCACAAAUUAAAGAAAACAUUCAGAUAUUUGACUUCAGUCUGUCAGAAGAUGAUAUGAUAACUUUGGAAGGACUGAAUAGAAACUGGAGAAUCGCAAAGUGGGAAUUCGAUGGGUUACCUAACCACAAAUUCUACCCUUUUAAGGAAGACUGAGAUUUCAUGAUGUCAUAAAAUAAAAAGGGUAAAGCAGUGAAGAAGACUUUACAAGGAAACAAGCCAGGAGGGAAAAAUGCUUCUUACGAAAAUGAGUUUCAAGGAAAGAGCUGCUUCUUAUUCGACAGUAUGACUGCCAUUUUCCUGCAGAACUUUGAUUCCAGUAAAAAUGUCACAUAUCUGUAUGAUUAGUCACAUUUAAAACAUUUUAAUUACUUAACCAAUGAGCAGAAUGGAGUACAUUUUAAUCUGCUACAAUUGCACUUGACAGGUUUAAGAUGUCUCUUGUAGUAAGGAUUUGCCAGUAAUAAAAUGCAGAGUAUCAA